GGUUUCAGCCAUGGCGGCCUCCUCGAAAAGUGACAUGUCUCAUAAAAAGGCUAAAAACUCGAAGUCAAGGAACGACACAGCAGUACGAGGAACCAAUGACAACAGCAUCGUCAGCAAGUGUUCCAUGUGCAUGCUGGGAUACUUCCAGGAUGACUUUCUCGGGCACUUCGUAGCAAAACCAGCCCGGAGAGCGCCACUCAUCAACAGGGGCUACUACAUCAGAGCGAAAGCAGUGGAUUACGUGCUGAAAUCUUUCCUUUCUGCACAUGAAGGAACGAAAACACAGCUUGUGUCCCUAGGGGCAGGGUUUGACUCAGCCUACUUCCGUCUGAAGUCGGAGGGUUUGUUGGUGACCACCGUGUUCUACGAGGUGGACUUUCCUGAGGUCACACAGCGUAAAUCUGACAUGAUCCGAGGAGACGAACUUCUUCUGAAACUUGUGGGAGAAGACAGCAGGGUGGUAGAGAAUGGAAUUGUGUCUCCCUCCUACAAGCUGAUUGGUGCAGACCUGAGGAAGGUCAACAUCUUACAGUGCCUCCUGGAGCAUCAUGGGAUACAUCCUGACUGCCCCACCCUGCUCCUGUCGGAGUGUGUCAUCACCUACAUGGGGGUCAAAAGCUCCAAUGCAGUUAUUCGCUGGGCUGCGGAAACCUUCUCUAAUGCUGUUUUUGUGACAUAUGAACAGGUUUAUCCAACUGAUGGCUUUGGAGCUGUCAUGCAGAAUCAUUUUAAGAAGCUGGGCACUCCCCUCAUGAACAUACAGAGGUACAGAACACUGGAUGCCCAGCGGCAAAGAUAUCUGGAUCUUGGCUGGACCUGUGUGAGUGCCACAGACAUGAACCACUUCCACAACACACUCAUUCCCAGGGAAGAGAAACUCAGAGUGGACAGCAUAGAAGUGUUUGAUGAAUUUGAGGAAUGGCACCUGAAAUGUUCACAUUAUGCAGUGGUUUGUGCCUUCAAAGGAUCAACUGUUUCUCCCCUGUCAGAGACUGUAUUUCCAGAUACAAAACCAACAAGUUCAGAAUCAUUGCCAUCUCAAGACAUUCAACAACAAGACAUGUGCCUUUCUUGGAAGAAUGAAUCAUUUGGUAGUGGCAGUGUGAAAAGAUUUGGACAUGCAAGCGCAGACUUAACAGGAGGAAAGAUCAUCACAUUUGGAGGGUUCGGUGAGAGAGGAAAUCAACAUACAAGAUUGUCUCUGGUGCAACUGUUGGAUGUGGCAAAUGGAUCAUGUCUGCCAGUAGAACCAGUUGGGAAAGAACUAGGUCCCCUGCUUUUCCACACUGCCUGUGCUGUCUCACACAACACAGUAGUUGUGUUUGGUGGUCGAACAUCUCCCUACAAACCAAAAGGAGAACUGCUGCAGCUGAAAGUCACUCCUAAACUUCACCCUGACACAGACCAGGAAGCCUCCUGGCUGUAUGACUGGGAGUCAGUACCAUGUACAGGGGACAGCCCCUGUCCAAGAUGGAGACAUUCUACUUCCCUGGUGUCAAUAGAAGGAAAGAAGUAUCUGCUAGUCUUUGGAGGAAGAACAGCAACUGAUGCAGUGCUGGGAGAUACACAUGUUCUCAGCCUGGACAAACUGGAAUGGCUACAGGUACAUCUGUCAGGAAAUCCUCCCUCACCAAGGCAUUCCCACUCCUGUGCUACCUGGAACGACCAGGUGAUCAUCGCAGGUGGCCUGUGUGAGAACCUGCAGCCUUCAGGUGCUGUACACCUGGCCACCUGUACAGCUGAACCCCAGGGACAGGUGACAGUCACGUGGGCAGAGGUGGAGGUGACUCCACCUCUUACUCCAAGAUACUCCCACACCAGCCAUGUGUAUGGGAACAGUUUAAUACUUGUAGGAGGGGUGAAUCCGGAGAGUAACUACCCUCCUGGGCUGACUGUGGUAGACAUGGUCUCGGGCAUGUGGAAGGACUAUGCUUUUCCUGAGUGUACGUUGGAGAGGCCGAUCAUGGUUCACAACCACACCAGUUACUUACUAAGUAAGGACCAACUGCUGAUCAUAGGUGGAGGGGGAAACUGUUUCUCCUUCGGUACACAUCUAAACAACGGGCCUUUAACACUGGACACCAGCCAGUGUAAUCUAUGAUGGGGUUGUUGUUGUUAGUCCUCUUGCAUAGAGAAUAAGACCUGAUUUCGACACUGGCCAAAAACCUGAUGGUACAAAACCUGUGUACGCACGGCACACUUUGCUGUAACAGGACGGAUGAGUGUUGCACUGCAGAUGCAGGACUAUCUCAAGUGUGCUGCCCGUGUUGAGCCAACCAGCACCCACCAUCAGCUCAUUGGAGAACAUAUUACAACUGCGCAUAGCACAUAGCACUUCAGUAGAACGUCUCCUGUAAGGUUGCAUUCACCUAUUUAUGCCAACGUCCCGUCUAUCGUUUCCAAGUGUCGUGUGGGAAAAGAUGUUGUCUGCAGGGACAAAAUUCUGAUGGAUUGUUGACUAAACAUGCAACAACUAUGGAAAAUCUGGGGGUUUGGACCUGAUGCAGUACAUUCUGGCGAUGUGCUGUUGGCGUCAUGAGCCAUGUGUUGAUCCUGCCUCAGGGUAUUGAAGAUGGAGGAUGCAGUUACCUAGUAUCAGUAGAAACAUCUAGUGGGAUGAAAUAAUACAUCCAAACUGACAUAAAAGAGAUGAAAUGACAUAGAAUAAAAUAUGAUUAGAUGGUAUAAUGUAACUUGUAAGAUAGGAUAAGAUGCCAAAUGAUAAAUAAAACAUUGAAAAUUAGAUAAAGCAUACAGUAAUUUAUGAAGCUGUAGGAUCCCACCUCCAGAUAAAAAUGGGAGAUAUGCAGGUAUUUUCUGAUGUCUAUCUGCACCUAACCGGCACCAAUACAGGUACAUAAAAGUGUAUAACUGUAAAUGUUAAGUGUAUGUGGAUUUUUCUGUACUGUCAAGUGCAGAAAAACAAAAAUCCGUCAAAUGCGUGUACUCAAGGUCAAGUGCUGACGGCAUGUGACCUUGAGUACACACAAUGUGUCAAGGGUUACAGAAAGUCUGUAUCCACCCCCGUCUGUAUCU